GAAGUUGCGUGUAUGCGCGCGCAGCCGCAGACGGACGAGCCGGGAGCUUGCUAGUUGAGAGGACUACCCGCGGCUGGACGCUGGAUUGUAGGGCUGCGGAAGCUUUGUCACCUGUGAAAAAGUGGAUGAUAGAACCUGCCUCACAGUUGCUCUGAGGAUCAAAUACGGUGAUCCGUGAAAAGCGCCUAGCACCGUCUACCACGUUGUAAUCACCCACUAAAAGCAUCAGAAACUUUUUCCAAUGAGUUGUCUGUUCACAUCAAAUGACCAAAAUACUGGAGCUUCAUCUUCAGCUUUAUGUUAAUUCAGACCUUUAUUUGGAUCCCCACCCUCCUGCUUACUGGCUGUGGGAGCUUAGACUGUGGGCUCCUUUAGUGCCAUGCAUCCUUUACAGUGUGCUCUCCGAGCCCAGAGGUGUCUGCGGCGGGGGCCCUUGGCCUCUGUGUCCUGGCUCCUGCUCAGGACCUGCAGGGCACACAGCAGUGUCCCCAACUCUGCAUGUCCCAGUCCAGAGAGGCCGCAGGGGGAUGGAGUUGGGAAGGAUUUCAGCUCUAGGCUGGCCACUGGACCGACUUUUCAGGAUUUUUUAAGAAGUGCUUCAGUUCCUCCAGAGAGACCGUCUUCUUCAGAAGUGGAGGACCCACCCCCGUAUCUCACGGCCGAUGAACUUUUAGGAGGGCAGAGAAGAGUCUACCUUGAGACUUAUGGCUGCCAGAUGAAUGUGAAUGACACAGAGAUAGCCUGGUCCAUCUUACAGAAGAGUGGCUACCUGCGGACCAAUAGCCUUCAGGAGGCUGAUGUGAUUCUCCUUGUCACAUGUUCUAUCAGGGAGAAGGCUGAACAGACCAUCUGGAAUCGUUUACAUCAGCUCAAAUCCCUGAAGUCCAAACGGCUCCGCUCCCGAGUGCCUCUGAGGAUUGGGAUUCUAGGUUGCAUGGCUGAGAGACUGAAGGAGGAGAUCCUCAACAGGGAGAAAAUGGUGGAUAUUUUGGCUGGGCCAGAUGCCUAUAGGGACCUUCCUCGAUUGCUGGCUGUUGCUGAGUCAGGCCAGCAAGCUGCCAAUGUGCUGCUGUCUCUGGAUGAGACCUAUGCUGACGUCAUGCCAGUCCAGACGAGCCCCAGUGCUACCUCUGCCUUCGUGUCUAUCAUGCGAGGCUGUGACAACAUGUGCAGCUACUGCAUUGUUCCUUUCACACGUGGCCGGGAGAGGAGUCGGCCUAUUGCCUCCAUUCUGGAGGAAGUGAGGAAGCUUUCUGAGCAGGGGCUGAAAGAAGUGACACUCCUUGGUCAGAAUGUUAAUAGUUUUCGGGACAAUUCAGAGGUCCAGUUCAACAGUGCAGUGUCCACCAACCUCAGUCGUGGCUUUUCCACCAACUAUAAAGCCAAGCAAGGAGGCCUUCGUUUUGCUCACCUUCUGGAUCAGGUGUCCAGAAUAGAUCCUGAAAUGAGGAUUCGUUUCACCUCUCCGCACCCUAAGGACUUUCCUGAUGAGGUUCUGCAACUGAUUCAUGAGAGGGACAACAUCUGUAAACAGAUCCACCUACCAGCCCAGAGUGGAAGCAGCCGUGUAUUGGAGGCCAUGCGGAGGGGGUAUUCAAGAGAAGCUUAUGUGGAAUUAAUUCAGCAUAUCAGAGAGUCUAUCCCAGGUGUGAGCCUCAGCAGUGAUUUCAUUGCUGGCUUUUGUGGUGAGAUGGAGGAAGAUCACCUUCAGACAGUGUCUUUGCUUCGGGAAGUUCAGUACAACAUAGGCUUCCUCUUUGCCUAUAGCAUGAGACAGCAGAAGACACGAGCAUAUCACAGGCUGAAGGAUGAUAUUCCGGAAGAGGUAAAAUUAAGGCGUUUGGAGGAACUUAUCACUGUCUUUCGAGAAGAAGCAACAAAAGCCAACAAAUCCUUUGUGGGUUGUACCCAACUGGUGCUGGUGGAGGGGCCCAGUAAACGCUCUGCUACUGACCUGUGUGGCCGGAAUGAUGGAAACCUUAAGGUGAUAUUUCCUGAUGUAGAGGUGGAGGAUGUCACCAACUCUGGGCUCAGGGUCCGAGCUCAGCCUGGGGACUAUGUGCUGGUGAAGGGAUUUCCCUGGUGGUCCAGUGUUAAGAAUCCACCUUCCAAUGGUCAGAAAACUGAGAUGCCUCGGGACAACUAAGCCUGUGUGCUGCAACUUCUGAGCCUGUGCAUUGCAACAAGAGAAGCCCGUGGAUGCCACAAUGAAGACCCAGUGCAGCCAAAAAUAAAUUAAUUAGUAAAACAAUUUAAAAAAUUAAACAUUUCCAAUUUUCCUUUUGCUUUCAUUGUCCCUUGAGUUACUUAGAGGUUUGUAGUCUAAUUUAGAAUCAUCUUCAUGUCUCCUAAUGUAUUGAUCUGUUAUUGAUUUUUAAUUAAUGUUAUUGUGGUUAUGUAUUUAAACUUUUUGCAUUCUUUGAGUAUUGUUUUAUGUCACAGAAUGUGGUCUAUCUUGAUGAAGAACUCAUGAGCUCUUUGGCUAUGUGUGAGCCAAGAUGAUGUAAGCCAACCACCUGCCAUGUUGCCCACUAAUCACAAUUUAAAACUCUGAACAGAAUAUAAAAGGAAAAUGCCCCAAAGCUCUGAGAGUAAAUAAUAAUAGGUAAGGGAAGGAGGUAAAAAUUUUCAGGCAUAAACUUCCUUUUUCCCUUAGUUUUCCUUCUUUGAUUCAUGGGGGACCCCUGUGCUGGAAAUGUGCAGCACAUUGGACUACAAAAUAAGAUUUCCUCUGUAUUCUGGCUGAAAGUGAAAGUGUUAGUUGCUCAGUUGUGUCUGACUCUUUGUGACCCCAUGGACUGUACUGUCCAUGGAAUUCUCCAGGCAAGAAUACUAGAGUGGGUUGCCAUUUCCUUCUCUAGGGGAUCAUCCCAACCCAGGGAUCGAACCUGGUCUCCCCCACUGCAGGCAGAUUCUUUACUGUCUGAGCCACCAUGGAAGCCAAGUCAUAUGAAAGUGAAAGGGUUAGUCACUCAGUCGUGUCCUACUCUUUGUGACCUCAUGGAUUGUAGCCCUUCAGGCUCCUCAGUCCAUGGGAUUCUCCAGGCAAGAAUACUGAAGUGGGUGGCUGUUCCCUUCUCCAUUAUUCUGGCUAGAGGACCAGAUAAAUGGGCUUCAUUUGAGCUCAUGAGAUAAUAGAAAAUAGGUAUAUUGGUCUCUGCCUCCAGUUCCUGGCACAGAGCUCCUAAAAUCCUUGUAAAUUCCUAAGUGAUAAGUGCACUAAGAGCAUCUUUUGUUCUAAUGAAGUGACACUGAAUGGUGGCUCCUGGAUGGUUUCUGGAUAGGAGCUGGCCACCAGAAAGACCAAGCCAUGAUUAGAAGGUUGGAAAUUUCAGCCUCAUCUCCCAUCCUCUAGAGAAGGGAGGUGGACUGGAAAUGGAGUUAAUGAUUGAUCAUGCCAAAUUGAGGAACCUCCUAUACAAUCCCAGAAGUACAGGAUUUGGAGAGCUUCUAGACUGGUGAGCAGAUUUACAUCAGGAGGGUGAUGCACCCUGGAUCCACAGGAACAGAAGCUCCUGGGCUUGGGACCAUCCCAGACUUUGCCCUGCAUCUCUUCAUCUGGCUGUUCAUCUGUAUCCUUUAUCAUAUCCUUUUGUAAACUGAGUUUAUAAACUGAGUUUCUUUGAAUUCUAUGAGCUGUGCUAGCAGGUUAAUCAAACCCAAGGAAGGGGGCCAUGGGAACCUCAGUUUGUAGCUGGUUGGUCAGAAGCACAGGUAACAGCUUGGGGAUGCAACCAGUGUCUGAAGGACAUUAAACUGUGGGCAUGUGUAAGUGUGAUUAAAAAGAAAAAUUUUAAAGAUUAGCAAAUAUAUAUGUAUGGCUGUAGGGGCUAUCUUAAUAUCAAACCAAUGUAAAUUUUAGAACAAGAUAUUGUAUCAGGGAUCAAGAGAGAUGUUAUAUAAUAAUAGAAGAGUCAGUUCACUGAGAAGCCAUAGUAAUCCUAAACAUGUCUACAUCUAACAACAGAUCUUCAAAAUACAUGAAGGAAAAUUUGACAGAAAUGAAAAGAGAAAUAGACAAACCCACAAUUACAUUUGGAGAUUUCCUUGAUUAACCAACAGAUUAACCAAUGAUUAAGCAACAUUCUUCUUUCAGUUGAUAGAAAAA